AUGACACUCGCCAUGAAAGUUCGGCUUCUCUUUGCCUUGUUGGCAUGGUCUGCUGUGACGAUGGUUGGCCUGGUGCUGUUGGACUUCUAUCCGUCAGCCGUGCAAGUGUUGCUGGUGGCGGGAAAUGCCUUGGUCGCGUUGGUGACCUUUUUCCUGAGCUUUCGCCAGCUUCCAGCAACACCAACGCCCGAACCACUCCUCCAUUGGAAUCCAGAACUUCCUCGUCGUGGAAUGGGCGACCUCAUCCGCAGUGUGAACCACAUCGCCAUCAUUGUGUCAGAUGUAGGCCGGUCCCUCGCAUUCUACACGGAGAUCAUUGGAUUUCAACAAAUCCAAAGGCCUAACUUUGACCGCCACGGUGCGUGGCUGACCAUGGGAAACCUUGAGCUGCACUUGAUCAAAGGAGUGUCAAAUGCCCCAAGUGGUCGGGAUCUGAUUGUCUCGCACAUCGCACUUGAGACAGAUCAUCCGGAGAAGGUCUUGGAGAAGCUCUUGGAGUUUGAGGUGCCCUUCAGGCAGAAUAUCUCGGUUCCAGAUCCCAAGAAAGCCAGAGACAACUUGGUGGAAGCUUUUGAGAACAGUGAAGGCAAGAUCACGCAGUACUUUGUCCGGGAUCCUGAUGGCUACUACCUUGAGCUUUGCAACUGUGACGUCCUUACAGCUUUCUGCCUCUUCAAGGAGACCGCAAAGGUUGGCCACACCCCGAAGUACAUGCAGCUCAUGGAUGCCAUGCUUCGCACUUACAAUGAGUCCGGUCAAAUGAAAGCAUCGCCGUUCCGCUUUCCUCAGCUAGCCAAGACAGCCUUGGUUGUACAUCGGCUUGUGCGCAAAGUGCGUGCUGAGUUGUGCAAAAGCUUCGAAGAGCGCGUGAACACUGCACUCAACGGCGUCGAGGCCGCAGCUGAACCAGACCCGAAGAUGCUCGCACGCUUCUUGGCCCGACAGAAGACCUACUGUGACAUUUGCCAGGGGUUUUCAGAUGAGGCUUUGGCUGCAGCCCUUUGCAAAAGUGCAAAUCAUGCUCCAACUGCUUUGUUGCUACUUUCAGCUAGCCGGGCAGAUGUGCGCAUCUGGAUGCCGCCGGUGUACUUUCUGAGCGAGGGAGGUCGGAUCCAACAGCAGGUCAUGGCUGUUGCGGCACCCCCGCGCAGGAACUUCGGCUCGUGCAGCGUGUUUGCCUCCAAGCCUUUUGAGGAUGCCAACGGCAGGAGCUUGCGCCAGAAUGUGGGCGACUUGUUGACAGGAUUUUCAGCAGGUCGCCUGGUCGAGGCCACGAACUCAUGCAAAGGCAGAAACUCAAUUCGCGGCAUGCUGUCGCUGGGCUUUGAGAACGACCCAGUGAUGCAGGACUACCUUCGGAAGAGCUCCAGGUUUUCCUGCCAUCAGACUCAAGAGACUGAGAUUUGCGUCUAG